UGUAUUAUACUUAGGCUUUUUGCUUUGUACUGCGUUAACCGAACCACGUGCAUUUCCUCGUUUUCGCCGGGUUUACGUGAAUAUUGCGCGGCCGGUGUGUGCUUUUUUUUGCUAAUUGCGGUGAAGUUUUAUAUUAUUCGUCUGUGAUUCGGGUUCUUAUUAAAAAGUACAAUAAAACGAAGAAGCAGCUUCAUACUGAAAUAAACAAAUGUUUGGCUGAUAUGAGAGACUAGUUACCGGGGCAGAGAACACGGUAAUCAGUAUACACGCAUCACUGACACAUUUUUAUUCGAAACAAUCGCUUCAUCAUGCCGCUGGAACCACGAUUACCCAUCGGUGAUUUCAUAUCACCAAUUAUCUAACGCUUCAUCUUCCCUCCUCUUCCCUCUUCACAUAAAUGAUAAUUCAACAUAACCUCACUAGGCAAAAAAUGUACUCCAAUGUAUUGAUUCUGUGUUCUCUCGGAACGUUAAUUUUCAUACCGAUAUCAGCAACAAUGCUUGGGCAAUUGAACUGGUCACCUAUCUACGUUGGAGGAAAUAAUCAAGUCGACAUGUGGACGAAAGAAUCAAAAGGAUGCGAGUGUCAGUUCAAUCCCUCUAGAAAGGAUUGCGCUUGCUGUGUGAAGCCUGGAGGAUGUCAAUGCGGAAGUUCGGCUCCGAAUAAGUGCGCUCAAUGCGGCCUACAGCAAUACUGCAACAAUAUGUGUAACGUAACGAUAAGUCAGCAAAGUAUAUUUUCCGAAUCGAGAAGUACUGUUGGUCAAAUUAAAUCACCUUCUCUACAAGGACCCGCAUUGUGUUGGUAUUUAUUGCAACCAGAUCCGGGCCAUCGAUUAGAGUUGCAGAUAUAUCGUCUGGUUAAUGUGGGACGAUUCAACGGAACCGGGUGUCAGUCCGGCUACGUUCAUUUGGUCGACGAAGUAGAUAUAAAAUCUGGAUCAAUAGGCGUGCAAAUAUGCGGCGAAAAUGAACGAUUCGCGCCACCGGUUGUAUUAUUCGCCGAUAAAGGAACAGCUACGUUAACAUUCAGAAUUGAAGAAGCCACUGCCAGGUCACAGUUUCUCGCUCAUUAUAGUUUCACACCCUAUAACAAUACUCAAGGUGUUGGAUUUCGACCAGUCGGUGGCAAACGUAUUGAAAAUACUGCAGGAUGUGACUGGCUGUAUCAAGAUUUUUCCUGCAUCAAAGAAGCUACCGGCUGCGUCCUAGCCAGUCCAGGAUUUCCAGGAUUAUACCCAUCGCAUAUUACCUGUCGUUACCACAUCACCAUGAGUUCUCUGAGAACAAAAGUGAAAAUCGUAUUUACCACGUUAUCCUUACCACAUAAUAACUGUGCUACAGAUUACAUCAAUGUUUAUCAAGGUCCAACCUCAAGCAGUACCCUUCUGGCCACAUUGUGCUCGAAUAAAAAACAAGAUUUGGUUUUCUCAGGGCCUAAUUUAUUGAUUGAAUUCAAGUCAGGAGCAACCAUCCCUCCGUAUGAUUAUAACGGAUUUGUAGCAAAAUUGGAAUUUGUUGGCGCGAUUACCACAACUGAAAUGACACCUGUUACUUCUACAGCGACUCUAAAAAAUCCAAAUAGGAUUCCUAGCUCCUCGGAGAAAUCUAGUAAGCGCUCUCAAGAAGAAGUCACCGUUCGACAAGUAGAACGAGAGCAUACCCAUCAACCUUCGGUAUCGGGUGAAAAACCGUGCCAAAAUUUUUUCUAUGGAAAUAUAACUCGAUCCGGUCAUUUUGAUACAAGAACCCUACCAUGGAGUACCAAUUGCAUCCUUAUAUUUAUCGGACAACCAACGGAUUUAAUACACAUAUCCCUCUUCAACUAUCAAAUAAACGCUUCUUCGUGUCAUUCUUAUAUCGAAAUAAUCGACGGAGACAUUCGAUCCAGCGCGUUCAAAUUGUUGAAAAAAUUAUGCAGCCCUUUAAUAAAGCAUGCGCGUAAUUCCGAAGGAAGGUUUCACGAACAACAAACUUUCCUAUCUACGGGUAACUAUUUAAGUAUUCAUUUUAAGAGGCAUAAGCCGAUACCGCAGCCUGAAAUGGAAUACAUCGAUGGUGCUUUUAGUUUUCUAGAUGGGUACGCUGAAGGUACUUUGCAGCCUAAUACUCUAUGUGAUGUUACGUAUUUUGGAUUAACUAGUUCAUCGAUGGGUAGAAUACAUAAUCAUGGGUCUCAGCAUUUAUUUUGGAAUGUAGAAGGACCCUUGAGAUGUUCGCAGAAAUUUGUACCGACGGCGAAUCAAAGUGUUAUUUUAAAAAUAAUGUCCUUACAAAGGCUCUCGUCUGAACUUUGUUACACAAAAUGUGGAGAUAGUGGCUGUCAAUGCGUUAAUACGCAAAACAAACGUGAAUUUGAGUACGUCGGUGAUUACGACCAUUUGCUCAUAUUAAACGAAUAUAAUGUACCCUUAUCAUGCAUUUGUGGUUCGUAUAAAGAAGAAUGGUUACCUAUAAUUAUUCGUAGUUGGUCUCCAAUUACGGUUAUUUAUUCAGUUGCUAAAUACAAUUGGGCUGAAAAAGGAUUCUCUUUUGAGGCUGAAUAUAGAUUCAUUUACGAUAGUGCCUGCGGGUAUCGACUGAUUAAUCAUCAUUCUGGUGCGAUUUCACCCGUUCAUAUGGAACAAAAUACUGUAUUAAAUUAUUAUUAUAAUCAAGUAUGUACGUGGAUUCUGAAUUCCAACAUUGAAAGAGAAUUAUUCGUAGAAAUCGCCAGCUUACAGGAUCGUCCUUGUUCGGCUUGGAACAUAACUAUUUACGAGUAUGUUGAAGAAUCCAAAGACCAUACAGGACGAUUAUUAGAACGAUUUUGUCCCAGAGACAGUGGCAAAGUUUACCAGUUACCUUGGAAAUUAAAUAUAGUAGCGAUUAAAUUAUCUGCUAUGACUAGAACAUUACCGCAAUUCCAAAUAAAAUGGAGAUCUCAAGUAGUGCGAACGAAUACUAGAUUAUCUUCUCCUGAAGUCUCCGCCAAUUCGGGUUCCUAUAAAAUUUUUCAUAUCUUUUUAAACGUUAGUCAUGUUAUGUUUUAUUUUUUCAUUUUGGCGUGUAAAUAGACCUCGUUGUUAUAUUUUUUAUUAAUUUUUAUUUUUGUAAAUAAGUUGACAAUCUAGUCGUAUAAAAAUGUUGAAUGUUUUUUAUGUUUAUAUAAUUCGUUCAUUCGAUUAAACGUUCGGUAUUUUUAA